UAGAGCAAUGUGAUCCUGGGAUUAGGGUUUUGGCUAGGGUUUUUGGGCGCCAUGGCGGUGGAGCUCGCUCGUCGCUUCCCACGGCGCCUUUACAAGCUCCACGAGGUGGAUCUCUCCAAUCCCUUCCUCUACGCCAAGAAGAGCCCCAAGGAUCUGCCGACGCAGAAGGUACUCAGCAUUGUUCGCACCCAUGGCCCGAUUGGAUCGCGCGAUCUCUGGGAGCACGCCGAGAAGGAAGGGAUCAAGAGCAAGACACACAUGAGGCGCUUGCUCGUGUGGCUCCGCAGCAAAUUCCUCGUCCACACGCAGUGCUUGCACGGCGAGAGCGCCGGCUCCAAGAAUCCGGGCAAGCGCAACAAAGCGGGAGGCGGUGGUGGUGGUCACGCGGACGAUCGGAUUUUCAGGUGGGUUGCUGUGCCUCCUGCUCCAGAUCGCCUGCCGCUCGCCGAUCCCAAGAUCCCCGAGCCGCGAGUGUACCGGAGGAGAGUGAUCCAGAAGCGCUUGAAGAGAUUGAAGGCCAAGCUGGGCGAUGCGUACGUUCGUCCAGCCAAGCUCAAGAAGCAGCGGCUAGCUGCUGGGAUCGUCUACAAGCCAUACAAGUAUGGGGAUCCCGAGAAGUUGAAAGCGGCAAAAUCGUUCUUUGAGCGGAGAUCGAUGAUCCUCGAUGCUGUGGCUACGAGAACUACUGGUGUCUACGCUGCUGCGGAAGCUGCCAAGGCUGCUACUGCUGCUGCCAGAUCGAAAAGGUUGGGCUCUUCACCGUCUACUCGAGUUUAAGAACUAAAGAAUGGAUGAGAGGAUGAUAGGCGUUUACUCAAAGUCAAGAAUGGGAAUUGGUUGAAGCAAAUUAGAACAUCGAAAUACUCAGAAACUACCGGUGUUCCGCUGGAAAGUAUCCUCCGAGGACUCUCAUGUAUUGAGCUUUGCUGUCCACUGCAACUCGGACAUGCUGCGACGACAAACGAUUUGAAUCAAACGAAUAACACGAAGAGCUUCAUACGAA